UGUCACUGGAUACUACUACUCCCAGCCCGCCUCGGAGCCGCCCGAGCCACCCCUCCGGUCUUUAGUUUACGAGUGGCAAUUUGACUUGCUCUGCUGCAUGUCUGGAGGCACCGAGGAAAGCGUGGAGACGCCCCGGGGAUUCGAGAAUCGCAGCUUGGAAAGCAAGCCAGCCAAACAAAUAAACAAAACCCACCCACCCUAACAAAUAUGAGGCUGCUGGAGAGGGCGAGAAAAGAAUGGUUCAUGGUCGGCAUAGUGGUGGCGAUCGGCGCCGCUAAGCUGGAGCCGUCGGUCGGAGUGAACGGGGGACCACUGAAGCCAGAGAUAACUGUGUCCUACAUUGCUGUCGCUACGAUCUUCUUUAACAGUGGACUGUCAUUAAAAACAGAGGAGCUGACCAGUGCAUUGGUGCAUUUGAAACUGCAUCUUUUCAUCCAGACUUUCACACUAGCCUUCUUCCCAGCAACAAUAUGGCUCUUUCUGCAGCUUUUAUCGGUCACAUCCAUCAAUGAAUGGCUUUUAAAAGGUUUGCAGACAGUAGGUUGCAUGCCUCCCCCUGUGUCUUCUGCUGUGAUUUUAACCAAGGCAGUUGGUGGAAAUGAGGCGGCUGCGAUAUUUAACUCAGCAUUUGGAAGUUUUUUGGGCAUUGUUGUAACACCGCUGCUACUGCUGCUUUUCCUUGGCUCAUCCUCUUCUGUGCCUUUUACAUCAAUUUUCUCUCAGCUUUUUAUGACGGUUGUGGUUCCUCUCAUUAUUGGACAGAUCGUCCGCAGAUUCAUCAAGGACUGGCUCGAAAGAAAGAAGCCCCCUUUCGGCGCCGUCAGCAGCAGUGUGCUCCUAAUGAUCAUCUACACCACCUUCUGCGACACCUUCUCCAACCCACACAUCGACCUGGAUAAAUUCAGCCUCGUCCUCAUCCUCUUCAUAAUCUCCGUUCAACUGAGUUUCAUGCUUUUGACCUUCGUCUUUUCAACGCGGAAUAACUCGGGUUUCACACCAGCGGACACAGUGGCUAUCAUCUUCUGCUCCACACACAAGUCCCUCACAUUGGGAAUUCCAAUGCUGAAGAUAGUGUUUGCAGGCCACGAGCAUCUCUCACUAAUAUCUGUGCCCUUGCUCAUCUACCACCCAGCUCAGAUUCUGCUGGGAAGUGUGUUAGUGCCAACAAUAAAGUCGUGGAUGGUGUCGAGGCAGAAGGGAGUGAAGUUGACAAGUCCGACUGUCUGACUCAGGAGGCGCCGUCCUGAAGACCGCGGUGUAUAUAUGUACAGGGCUGUGCCUGCAGGCCAUUCUGAACCCUUGUCCAUGUGAAUGUUGCUUUGAUGCCUAUUUUAUUUUUUUACAGAAAAGAUAUGGUAUACCUGUUUAAGUGCCUUAAAAUCUUUUUGAUAAGAUCAUUGUUUUCAAAACAUAUUCUGCUGGUGACUGCCAAGGGUGAACAGUAUUUUGGAUUAAUUUUUUUUUUCUUAAUGCAGAAAAAAGUUUUAGUAAGGGACAAAAAGCUAAAAGGUUUUCUUUGCACUGCCUUUUGUGUACAGCUCUGUAAUAGCUACUGUAGCAUUUGAAAUGAGGUCACGCCAUCCAGAAACCAUCCUCUGGGUGACAGGGACAGAUUCCCAAGUCUCCUUUGCACACUUUGAUUCGCUGUGUGGUCCUUUACUUCUGCGUCUGCGACGUGCUUCUUCCUUAUCCACUCAGCAGGGGUCAGAUCGACGCAAGGCUGGGAAGCAUAAGGUGCCUCAUUCCUUGUCAUCCUCGUUUCUAGACAUCCCUUCAGUUAGUCCCCGCCCACUCCGAAAGCUCACGGGUCCCAUCAUAAGGGUGUGGGGAAAUAGCUUAAACUUAUUAUGAGCUGCUUCAAAAGAAGGCCUGAUGUGAGUCCUGAGGUAAACACGGAGUGUGGCAAGGUUCUCAAUCCAAUCAGCACACUUUCCCUCUCUUCCAGAAUUCCUUUGUCUCACAUUUCACUUGCACACUCACACACAAACAUCACAGUCAGUUGGAGAGUCGCAGCAGUUAACAGUGGGUUGUGUUCACAUUCCACAGCUAGGACCAAGCACUUUUCCUGUUACACACUUCCAGAUUGCUCCUGUUGGCAAGCCGCAGCCUGUUCCACCCUUUCAUUCUGUGCACUGAAGACAUCUGAGACAAUUCAUGAAUGAGCGUGUCCGUCACUUGCUCAACAGAUGUUGGCAACGUCUCUUAAGACAUCAAAUCAUUGCCCUUAGGUGUCAAAGGAAACAUAAGGUCAUGGACAUGAGCAGAUGUUACAUGUCCACGCUGCCUAGUCAGGUGGAAAGAGGGCCCAGCACAGAAGGCGCAAGACCAUCCAUUAACCAAGUUAUCAAACGGAACUAGUCCUGGAACUGGGCAUGAGCUUUCAGAGGAGGGUCUGAUACUGCCUUCAGUGGCCAGAAGACCUGAAGCUGGACCCAAAUGACAAUAAAGCAAUGCACUAGAUGGUGGGAGCGCCUUGCCUGUGUUUCCUUAAUACUUCAUUGACUUAACAGAUAAAUGGGCAUUCUGGGUCGCACCAAGGCCCUGCUGUCUCCUAAGCAGCUGCCUUUCUUGUUGGUAGUGGUGGCUGUAGUCCCACAACAAAGCAAUCAUUCCUCUAGAAUUCAGUGCUGGGCCUGUCAGUGGGGCUAGUUUACAUCAUGGUUAGCAUGGUCAGCACCGUGUACCGGUGUCAGGACCUCCUAACUCGCACCAGAGCUCCACCCCUGAGCCAGGCCUUGCUGAACCAGCUGUGGGGACACUGCUGGGAGGAACUGGCAGUGACAGAAAGGUUUUCAAGUCUGGUCCCUACAGCUGUCUGUCUGUCUGCCAGAGCUGUAGUGAGACCCCUCCCACGUCAUGUGAACACUGGUCUCCCCCUUCAACUUCUCUACCUCUCUAACCCUGCAGUAGGCGUGGCUGUGGGAUAAAGUUCAGCUGAAAAUGCUAGGAGAACAUUUUGUCUUUUGUUUUAAAAAUGUGUCUUGUUUUCCAGUAAUCUGAUUUAUAUCCCGAGUUUUUAUGGCUUUAGUAACAUGUCUGUGGCAACUUCUCUUUUUACACAAAUUGGAUAACAUAUUUUUUCCAUGAUGAACAAAAAUAGACUUAAAAUUUAUUUUAAUUUGUGUUCAUUAGGAUUUAAUUAGCAGCUUAAAUAUUUUCCUGUGUUUAUGCACUGUCAAUCUCUGUUUGUACAAAUGUAUUUAUAAAGGAAUACAUUAGAUUAUAUUUAUGUUUACUCAUUUUUCCACCUGGAAUUUUUUUAACAGCUGAAAUUUUAAAGAAUGGUAAUGCAGUCUCUACCCAUGUUCCAGGUUUUAAGGUUUUAUGGAUUUUUUAAAUCCUUCCCUGUUCUGUUUUUAACUGACACAUCUCUGGUUGACACUCAGUGUCUAUGCUAAAUACCAAAUUUUUUCAAGGAGAUGGUUGAGUAAUGAAGUGGGUUAUUUAUAAUAAGUGGAAAAUGAAAAAUAAUUCUAUCAUUAAACAAUUCUAUGAUUACUUGAGGAA